AUGCUGUUUUAUCACAGUUUUAGAAAAAACGAUGAAGUGGAAUUUGUCCGAACUGGCUAUGGGAAGGAUAUGGUCCGAGUUCUCCAUAUUCAGAGGGAUGGCAAGUACCACAGCAUCAAGGAGGUGGCCACGUCGGUGCAGCUGACUCUAAGAUCCAAAAAGGAUUACCUAUACGGUGAUAAUUCUGACAUCAUCCCUACCGACACCAUCAAGAACACAGUGCACGUCCUGGCGAAGCUCAAAGGGAUAAAGAGCAUAGAGACCUUUGCUAUGAUAAUCUGUGAACACUUCCUUUCUUCUUUUGAUCAUGUUUCCCGAGCCCAUGUCUACGUGGAAGAGGUCCCCUGGAAGCGUUUGGAAAAGAAUGGAGUCAAGCAUGUCCAUGCGUUCAUUCACACCCCCACGGGAACACACUUUUGUGAGGUGGAGCAGAUGAGGAAUGCACCUCCAGUCAUUCACUCUGGAAUCAAAGACCUCAAGGUUUUGAAAACAACUCAGUCUGGGUUUGAAGGAUUCAUCAAGGACCAGUUCACCACUCUCCCUGAGGUGAAGGACCGAUGCUUUGCCACCCAAGUGUACUGCAAGUGGCGCUACCAGAGAAGGGACGUGGACUUUGAGGCUACAUGGAGCACUGUCCGGGACAUCAUCCUGAAGAAAUUUGCUGGGCCCUAUGACAGAGGCGAAUACUCACCUUCAGUGCAGAAGACUCUCUAUGACAUACAAGUCCUGUCCCUGAGCCAGGUUCCUGAGAUAGAAGAUAUGGAAAUCAGCCUGCCAAACAUCCACUACUUUAACAUCGACAUGUCCAAAAUGGGGCUGAUCAACAAGGAAGAGGUCUUGCUGCCUCUCGACAACCCCUAUGGCAAAAUUACUGGGACUGUCAGGAAGAAGCUGCCUUCAAGGCUGUGA